UGACGCCCUAACUUGGAGCAGAGCGUUCGCACGGGAAAGGCAAGAAGAGAGGAAGGAGGUUUCGACGGUAGACGUCUGUGAGAGUGGACCUGUGGAACUUCGGUGAGCGAGCACGGCUUCCGGCGGAAUGAUCAAAGACCACCGGAGGAAGGGCGGGGCAGGCGGCUUCAAGGGAGGGGAGAGAUGGAGAGGGCUGGGGGAAUGCUACCGAAAUGACGCAACCUCGGGUCGGAGUCAAGGUCGCCUGGCGCUAGGUCAACACGAUCGUUUCAAUCAGCGCACCGGGGGGGUGGCAUCUUAUCGCGCUGGAGUCAAUGAGGGAGGUGGCAGAGAUGAGAAGGGGGAAAUGAGAGCAGGGAGGACGCCGAGAGCACCGAAGACGCCGGGAGCACCGAGGACAGUGAGGAUACGAACACAACGAACGACAGCAAGACCCACAUCAUGUCCCUGCCAGCCAGCAUUGUGUUGCCCAACACUCCGGAGGGCGGGACCGUGCGUAGGUACGUUUGGACAGUCCGACGCGUCUUACUUGGCCGAGGGAGCGGCUCCGAUUUUCUUCAAAGGAUAUGGUGUUCAACGGGCUCCUGUUCAAGCUCAAGGGUGCAGCCAACAUUGUGCCGUUGUUUGCCGAUUUCGUGGCGAACAAGAUCAAGGGAGUCAGAUUCGAGGCGAUUGCCGAAGCUGGUUCAAAGACGAAAUACUUGGUUCUCUACUACGUCCGACUUGAGGGCCAAGAGUCCGAGAUGUCGUUGGUGGAUCUGCUCACGCAGGACGGCGAGGGCUUAAUCUGCCGCCUCGAGAACUGCUUCGACACCACCAAGUACCCGCAGGAGAUCAUCGACGCCGGCGCCCCCACGCUGGCGGGGUUCGAGGGCUAGACUAGCGGAACAGGCAGAGAGAUGGCCACCCAUCUACUGUAGACUGUUGUCAAAGCACGAUUUCUCCACGACCGAUCUUGUGCCGACACCAACAAUUGGGGGUUGUGCAACAAGGGCUUUCCGUGCUGUACACGUACAAGGCUCUUUCCGCACCCCCUUGUUAGUGGAGAAAUCGAGCUUGGCAGUCGGUGCCAUCUCCCCCGGCCUCCAUGUAGAUAAGCUUUCGAUGUGAAGCAUGUGCUAUUGAACGUGACUCGGUAGCAGAUAUCUUCGCUUAAACCCUUGAGUAUGCCAAGAUGAAGAAAGGUUCCUCCCCCUAUGUCUCGUUGACGAUAUACUGCAGUACAUGUUCAAUGCCGAGUGUGGCGUUGUUUGUUUGCUACGUAGCGCGAUGGAACAAUGGUUUCGAAGUUCGAGAUAUCCUCGACACUUAUCCGACGAAGAACGCGUGGUUGGUUCGAUUCCCGUGAGUGGCGUGCGUCAGACGAUGACGCCCCGCUGCCGUGUCUUGGUUUUCCUUCCCCCACGUAGGGGAAAAAUCCGUUCUGUGUUCCGUAUCGGUCUCUUGGUGGUUCAUGUGGGUUGCAUUGGAUCAAUAGGAGCCGAAAUCAAACCAUCAGGCUAGUCAGCCAAAAGGUUUGAUUUCGGAUUAAAAAAAUGAAAGUCGUGGGGUCCGAGCUGACUACAGUCUAAUGGUUUGACUUCAACUUCCUACAUGCAUCCAUUCGAAACAAUGUGCUCUCUCAUCAUUGAUACGGUGUUCGGUGUUGUGCGUGUUUCGGGAAAUUAGGAGGGGGCCGUCUGGGCAACCUUGGCACACUAGAAAUUGUUGAAACCGUGCCAGACCCCUCUUGCUCAAAAGGAAGAGGUGUUUCAUUUUGUUUGUCUCGUCAAGGCAACAGCUAAAACGCGAGUGUGGAACAUAGAUCGGGUUUGUUGUGCGUUUGUUCGUGCCAUCGCGGAAAAGUAGAGUGUGUGUUUUUGUUCCUUGUGGUGUAGGGGUUGCGGGGCUCGAGAGUGAAUAGUCAAGAGUACGAGAAGAGGCGGUUGAGAACCUUCACCAGGGCGAAGCAAUGUGAGCUGGGUUGGCUCGUGCGUUGACGUGCCGCUACCGCGGCUGGUAGAGGAGAACCGUGUAUUUGUCGUCGAUUCCUUCGUUGAAAGGCAACGCAUGCUUCUCUGUGUCCGUUGAGGGUUGUUCCUCCGAUGUGUGUGUGUACUUUGUUCGGUUGCAACAGCUUGCCAGUCGACCCAUCAUGCAGUUCAGUGGUGGAAGCCAUUUUUGGCGCAGACCAAUAAUCACCCAAAGUAUUUUCUCCCCCUAUCCCGAGCGUACGCCAACUUCCUCGAUAUGUGUCACGACAAGGAGGCAACUAGUGCAUGCAGUGAUUGCUGCGCCAUCAUACUUCGUCACCUUGUCAUUGUUCGGAUGAAGACGCCAUGGUGUGGUGAGCAGGCUU